AUGAUUCCACAAACCAUCCGUCUGAUUCGACCGUACUAUACUGGACUCGGUAUAUGUACAGCUGCGUAUAUGGCUCCGGACACGGUGCAGGAGAAGCGCCGCGGUGUAUGUGUGUGUGUGUUUGAUUCGCGUGAGCGGAGGCGCUGUUGA